GCGGUCAGUGGCACAGAGGUGGUGGUCCUAUCUCUGUUCUACCAAAGAAGCAGCUGCCAUUUGGUUCAGCAACUCAGGAGUCACCAAGGCCCUCGCCCAAGGCCCGUAUCAGUCAGUACAGACGCACCCUGCUGCCAGGGCCUCCUUCUCAUUACCCCUCCUCUGAUUCAGAAACAAGAUGAUGAACCUAACAUCAGGAGCAGAGAGUAAAGAGAUAAACCUGACAUGUGGACUGUCAGGGAAUCAUGACUUCAUCUUCACCCUGGUACCAAUUGUCUACAGCUGCAACUUUAUUAUUGGCAUUGUGGGGAACAGCAUGGUGGUGGCUGUCAUAUACUGUUACAUGAAACUCAAGACAGUGGCCCACAUUUUUGUGCUCAAUUUGGCCAUUUCUGAUCUCACCUUCCUUAUCACUUUGCCCAUGUGGGCUAUGGUGACUGCCACAGGCUACCACUGGCCUUUUGGAGGAUUCCUGUGCAAAGCCACUGCAGCUAUGGUCAUCUUUAACCUCUACACCAGUAUCUUCUUCCUCACAGCACUCAGCAUCGACCGUUACCUGGCCAUAGUGCACCCAGUGAGUUCGCGGCGGUUCCGCACAGUGCUGUACGCACGCAUCACGUGUGUGCUCAUCUGGCUGUUUGCUCUAGUGCUCAGUGUGCCCACUGCCCUCACCAGAGACAUCCACAACAUCAGCAACCCGAACCUGACCGUGUGUGGUGUCCUGCACACCACCAAGGACAACGUCCAGAGCCUGAAACAGGUGCUGCUGGCUAUCAGCCUGAUGAAGAGCCUGCUGGGCUUCCUCAUACCCUUCAUCAUCAUCAUCACCUGCUACUGCCUGAUCGGCAGAGCUCUGCUUGGGGCCAGGCACAUCCAGAAGAGCUCCCAGUCCCGGGACGAUGAAGUGCUGCGCAUGCUAGCAGCUGCUGUCCUGGCCUUCUUUGUGUGCUGGGUGCCCCACCAGAUAUUCCACUUCAUGCAGCUCCUGACCCAGCUCAUAAUGCCCAACAACUGUCCCCUUCUGGACAUCAUUGACACUGCCAUGCCCUUUACCAUCUGCAUUGCCUACUUCAACAGUUGUGUUAAUCCCAUUGUGUAUGGAUUUGUUGGGCGUAACUUCCGUAAAAAUCUGGUGCGUCUGCUGCACUGUGCGCCCGCUAAUAUCCGAGGACCUCAUCCGAGCAUCAGCUCCAAAAUGAGUGCUCUGUCCUUCAGAGCCUCAGAGGCACUCAGCCUGACAGUGAAAAACAAGUCUUCCUCUGACAUUAAAUGAUAACUCAAGUGUGUUUACCUCUCCUCACUGCAGUGUAUCUGGUAAAGAGGUGGGGAAGAUCCUCGCUUAAAGCCCCAACUGAAAUACCAAGCACUGACCCUCGCUGAGUGACUGUAUUGUUCUUUCACAGACAUUUACUACAGUGUACAAUGUUAUUGUUGUCUGUGAGCUGUGUCAUUCAGCAGACAUACUACAAGUGAUGCUGGCAAACAUUCUCCUUUAAGCCUGUGGAAUAAAUGUUAGCAGACCCUGACUACACUACAGUUCCCUACUAUGCAGUGUUUUGAUCAAAAGGACAAAACUUGUUGGCAUGUGCAGCUUUACUUGAUGGCACCCAGUCCUUGUCGUUCAGUGACGCUAUACUUACUGUACACCACUGUAUGUCCACUUAUUAACAACAAAAAGAGUUUAUCAUGCAGUCAUAAAGCAUUCUCACUCAGGCAGAUCUGUAUACGUGUGUAGCAUUUGUCAAGUGUGUUGUUUCAGGUUGGCAACAUCAGUGCAUGUGAAGGAUUUUGUUAUUGUUGAUAUUGUUAUUGUUACUUGAUAUGUACUAUAUCUAAUAAAAUACAGUUAUAAAUUAAAUAUGAUGCAUUAGAAUAAAAUUGAAUAGUGUCAAUUGUCAUGUGUAAAUAAGGUGUUAAAUGGAUGUUUUGUUUUUGUGGUGGUUGUAUUUGUGCUAUUUAAACAUGUUGAAAACCAUUUUUUAUUUUCUACUGUAAUGUACAAACUGA